CCCACGCGCGCGGACAUACGCGUGCAUUGUUGCGCUCGCUCUGCCCAGAGACCACAGAACAGUUCUCACCAGCUCAGCGCUUACUCACACGCGAUAUUUUCUGGCCAUGGUUGGCAAAAGUUUUAAGUGACCGGUCGAGGUGUUUAUACAUCACCUGUGAUCGUACAGGGAACCAGCUCACUUCACGGAUUUCUGUUACGGCAUGAUGCUGACCAUUUACGUGCUGCCAGUGAUCGUGUUCAGCGGCCUGCUGUGUAACGCCGUGUCCUGCCUGGUGUUCACCUCCCACGAGUUGCGAAAGCUCAGCUCAAGCGUCUACAUCUUUGCCCUCCUAGUCUCCGACUCCGGGGUCCUGCUGGGCCUCCUCUUUGUGUGGCUGGAGGCCAUCGGCUACAGGCUCAACCACAUCAACGGCAUCUGCCAGGCUCUGGUGUUCUUCACCUACGUGUUCAGCUUCCUGUCCGUGUGGUACGUCGUGUGUGUGACGGUGGAGAACUACAUCACCAUAUGUCAGCCCACCCAGUUCCGGGUCAUGUGCACGCGCAAACGGGCGGUGACCGUGGUGAGCGCCAUCCUAGUGCUGUCCCUGUCUCUGUACGCCGUCACGGCCUUCGCCACCGAGGUCGCGUAUAUCGAGCCACCAGGAAUCUGGCACUGCUCCCAGCGGGACGAGCUUAUGGAGGUUCUCCAGGCCUUGACCUACAUAGACUCGGUGGUUACUCUGCUCAUCCCACUCCUCGCCAUAUCCGGGAUGCUGCUGCCCAUCGCGUUGUCCAUCCUGCGCUCUACGCGCUGGCGGAAACGUCUGAGCUCGCUGCCCAUGUUGGACGGAGGCAAGCUGCGGACGGUUGGGGAAACAAGGAAGCAAGUGACGAGGAAAAGCCCUAGGGUCAGGGUUGCUAAGAUGCUGCUGGCGCUGUCUGUCUCGUAUAUCGUGAUGAACGCGCCCAGUCACGUGUCACGGCUCUACUAUCUGAUUCGCCAGCUAGAGAGUGGGAACACCAUCUUGACGUACUCCGAAGCGUUUAUCCAGUUGAGCCUUCAGUAUGUUAGCUAUCUCCAUCACGCCAUCAAGUUCUGGAUCUUCGUGAUCAUCAGUAAAAACUUCUCCAAAUACCUCAGACAAGUGCUCUCUGACCUAGUGCAUUUACGGUGUCUGCCGGGUUGAGGUGGGCACCGCGCGCACACUAACACUGACGUUUUCAUCUACUGGUUGAACAGACUGACGGACCAACGGACAAACAGACGAUUGAUUAUACGCAGAGUGAAAGAUGCAGACAGAAAGUUAUGCUAAAAAUGCCAUUCUCGCUGUAACAGAGAGACACUCACACACACACUCACACACACACAGAUACUCACACACACGCACGCACACACACACAC